GAGGCACCGAACCGCGGUUGCCUCUCUUUUGGCUCCGUCCUUUUUCGGCUGCCCUGUUACUCCGGUGUCCCUCCUAGGCGUCCUGCCUUAAGCUGCCGCGAAAGGGAGGGAAGAGCGGAAGCAUGUCCAACCCGGAGAAGCGGCUCUUAUCCCGCCCCUCUGCCCCCCUGGCUGCUGCACCCCGGGAAAAGCCCAGCUCCGGCAGCCGCCCGCUCCACUCCCAUGGCCAGGGCGGCGGAGGUGGAGGCAGCGGCGGGUCUCCUCCUCCCCCCCCCGCUCCUGGAGGCGGCUCGGCUGCCUGCAGCUCCCUCUCGCUCCUCCUAACAACCACCACCAGCAGCAGGAGCCGCGCUGCAGGGACAGCCUCCUCCGCCGCCUCCGCCAGCAUCGUCCCCAGAGCGGCAGCGGCUCCUUUCCUCGCUCCAAUCCCCUCCUUUUCCUCCGCUUCUCCAUCUUCUUUUUACUUCUUGCCGCCGCCUCCUCGUUUCCCCUCCUCGUCUUCCUUUAACCUCACGAGUCUCCAAGGGAGGGAAGGAGAGGCAGCGAGAGCGGCAGGAGGAGGAGGAGGAGGAAGAGAUGUUGGCGGAGCAGCAGCAGCAGCAGCUCACUUGAUCGCCCAUCCAGGCGGCAGCGGCAGGAGGAGACUCUUCUGUUCUUCCUCCAUCCAGGGCUUGCUGCUCCGUUCCGCAGCCGGCGGCCCCCGGCAGCACCACUCCCGGCUCCUCCUCUCCCCAGCCGCCUCUCGCCCGUGGUCCUGCAAUUCCCCCGGUGCUGCAGCAGCAGCCCGCGGCGACGGGAUCCGAGGAGGCGACGGCCCCGGCGGGAGCAGGACUCCUAGGCGGCAGCAGCGGCAGAGAGGCGCCUUCUUCUCCUUCUCGUCUCCCCUGCUCCUAGGGCCAGACAUGGAAGAUGGAUCUAAUUCUACAAGCUGCUUUAGGAGGUUUACGGACUGUUUCUUGAACACAAGUUUAACAGAUGAAAAAGUGAAGGCCUAUCUUUCUCUUCACCCCCAGGUACUGGAUGAGUUUGUGUUGGAAAGUGUAAGUGCGGAAACUGUGGAAAAAUGGCUAAAAAGGAAAAAUAACAGACAGGAAGAUGAAUCAACUCCUAAAGAAGUCAGCAGGUACCAGGAUACAAAUAUGCAAGGUGUAGUGUACGAAUUGAACAGCUACAUCGAACAGCGCCUGGAUACAGGAGGAGAUAAUCAACUACUUCUGUAUGAACUGAGCAGCAUCAUUAAAAUAGCUACAAAAGCUGAUGGAUUUGCACUAUAUUUCCUGGGUGAAUGCAAUAAUAGUCUGUGUGUAUUUACACCACCAGGAGCUAAAGAAGGACAACCACGGCUCAUUCCUGCAGGGCCCAUUGCACAUGGAACUACAGUAUCUGCUUAUGUAGCCAGAUCCAGAAAAACGUUGUUAGUAGAAGAUAUUCUGGGGGAUGAGCGAUUUCCCAAAGGUACUGGACUGGAAUCAGGGACUCGUAUCCAAUCUGUUCUGUGUUUGCCAAUUGUCACUGCAAUUGGUGAUCUGAUUGGUAUCCUGGAGCUUUACCGUCACUGGGGCAAAGAAGCCUUCCACCUUAGUCACCAGGAGGUUGCAACAGCAAAUCUUGCAUGGGCUUCAGUAGCAAUACAUCAAGUACAAGUGUGCCGGGGCCUUGCCAAGCAGACUGAACUGAAUGACUUCUUGCUUGAUGUAUCAAAAACAUAUUUUGAUAAUAUAGUUGCAAUAGAUUCUCUACUUGAACAUAUAAUGAUAUAUGCAAAAAACCUGGUGAAUGCAGAUAGGUGUGCACUCUUCCAGGUUGACCACAAAAAUAAGGAGCUGUAUUCAGACCUUUUUGAUAUUGGAGAAGAAAAUGAUGGGAAACCUGUCUUCAAGAAGACCAAAGAAAUAAGAUUUUCUAUAGAAAAAGGAAUAGCUGGUCAAGUGGCAAGAACAGGAGAAGUCCUUAACAUCCCUGAUGCCUAUGCAGAUCCACGCUUUAACAGAGAAGUAGACCUCUACACAGGCUACACAACCAGAAAUAUCCUGUGCAUGCCUAUUGUAAGCCGAGGAAGUGUAAUAGGUGUUGUGCAGAUGGUGAACAAAAUAAGUGGAAGUGCCUUCUCUAAAACUGAUGAGAACAACUUUAAAAUGUUUGCAGUCUUUUGUGCUUUAGCCUUACACUGUGCUAAUAUGUACCACAGAAUUCGCCAUUCAGAGUGUAUUUACCGUGUAACAAUGGAAAAACUAUCCUACCACAGUGUUUGUACAGCAGAAGAGUGGCAAAACCUCAUGCACUGUACACUGCCUCCACAUAUUUAUAAAGAAAUUGAACUAUAUCACUUUGAUAUCAGUCCAUAUGAGGAUGUCUGGCCUGCCAUAUUUGUCUACAUGGUUCACCAGUCCUGUGGGACAGCCUGCUUUGAACUUGAAAAGCUAUGCCGAUUUACUAUGUCUGUAAAGAAGAAUUAUCGCCGUGUGCCCUACCACAACUGGAAGCAUGCAGUUACCGUUGCACAUUGCAUGUAUGCCAUACUUCAGAACAACCAGGGGCUUUUCACUGAUCUAGAGCGAAAAGGUCUUUUAGUUGCAUGCCUGUGUCAUGACCUGGAUCACAGAGGUUACAGCAACAGCUAUCUCCAGAAAUUUGAUCACCCCUUAGCCGCUCUCUAUUCUACAUCAACAAUGGAACAGCACCACUUCUCGCAGACUGUGUCCAUCCUGCAGCUGGAAGGGCACAAUGUCUUCUCCAAUCUGAGCUCCAGCGAAUAUGAGCAAGUACUUGAGAUCAUCCGGAAAGCCAUCAUCGCCACAGACCUUGCCCUGUAUUUUGGAAACAGAAAACAGCUGGAAGAGCUGCACCAGACGGGAGCAUUAAACCUUAAGAACCAAGCACACAGAGAUAGAGUGAUUGGUCUGAUGAUGACGGCUUGUGAUUUGUGUUCUGUAACAAAGUUGUGGCCGGUUACCAGACUGACGGCCAAUGAUAUAUACGCAGAGUUCUGGGCUGAGGGUGAUGAAAUGAAGAAAACAGGUAUUCAACCUAUUCCGAUGAUGGACAGAGAUAAGAAAGAUGAAGUCCCUCAGGGUCAGAUUGGGUUCUACAAUGCUGUAGCCAUCCCAUGUUAUACUACACUCGCACAGAUCUUUCCUCCAACCGGGCCCCUACUCCGGGCAUGCAGGGACAACCUCAACCAAUGGGAGAAAGUAACAAGAGGUGAGGAAGCCUCUAUAUGGAUUCCUGCCCAGUCCCUUGCUCCUGGGACUUCAGAUUCACUUCCUGUGAAGAUUGAUGACUGAACAGCAGAAACAGAUCGCUUUAACCUGAAGAGCAUCCCGUCUUGUUUUGGGGGUUGUUUUUUGUUUUGUUUCAUUUUUAUUUGGAAAAAAAAAAGAAAAAAUAAAAGCUACAAAAUGCUAACUAAGAAGCAGAUCUGCCUAGGAGGGUAACACCCACGGAGUUACCUCAACUGAAUGACUCUGGCAGCCAAUCUCCUGACCUACACCAGUGACACAACAUGAACAGAGAGAAAACGACAACCCAGAUGUUUUGGAAUCAGCUGUCAAAAGAGAACUUGCAACUUGUGAAUAUAAAAGACUGGCCUUAUCUCAUGGGCUACGUUGCUGAGGCCUUAAUUUAAAACUGAUGGGGGGAAAAAAAAAUCUUAGGGGGUACUUCUAAAUUGUAUCUUUCUAGUAAGGGUUUCAAUGGUACUUUUAUUAUACCGUACUGUGGCUGGCUUUAACACCAGUGUCACUUGGGAGUUCUUGGCUAUAAAUAGAACAAUAUACCCAUUGCUAUUGUGAAUGUUUAUGUGUGAUCUACUUGUAAUCAGUUUGAACUCCAGCAGAAUCCCUGAAGACUAUAAUUCAUGCUUAGGUUACAGUGAAUUCUCUUGCUGCAAACUGAAGGAAAACCACCAUUCAAGUUAAAGGUUGAAAGUACUUCAUUAAGCAUCAUGAUGCAAAUUGUCUGUCACAAGGCAAACACUGAAAGAACUAGUGAUGGCGCUUUGUUCUUCAGAAUGAUUUAUAAACCUAGACAACUCCUCCCUUAAAACACUGGAAAUACUGGAUAUUUAUCUCCGAUAUAAGAGAGAGUUUCAGGUUGGAGUUUUUGUAUCCAUAGUGACCGAAGUAUCAGAUUAAAAUUUAAAUGUGAGAGCGAAGAUUUCCUUGCCUAGUUCACAAUUAAGUAGGCAUUUUUAUUUCUACCUGCUAAGCUGUAUUUUAAAAGGUAUUAGAGACAUACCUGAAGUAUGCUAUCUGCUGGGAACAAAAGCCUUGUCAGAAAAGUCAGGACUGAUAAGAGGGAUUGUGGUACCAUCACAAUAAAUCAAAAAUGUUGCUGUAUUGACUAGCUUUUGUGUUGCACAGUAACACUGCAUGUCUUCUACUGCUCUCUUCCCCUAUCCCAAGAUGAGUGAAAUUAGGAAACUUCUCCAUUUGUCUGUUUGCUUUUUUCCCCUAGUUCAGCAAAAUUUCCAGGCUUAGAACUUCCUUUCCCAAUGAUAGAAUAGCUGAGUGAAGAAAAGUACUCUAAAAUGUUGUGUUUACAGUUCUGUGCUGACUUUAGGCUUCAGCCUUACAAACUUAGGCACAGACUUUAAGACCUUACAUUUAAUGCCACUCUUUUAAAUUUAGUGCAAUUGUACAGAGUAUGUUUCAACAACACUUAAUUUGCCUUCAUCUUUCUCUUAAAAAUAAUGAGGAAAAAAAUCCUCAUAUUGAUCCACACAGUAGGUGAAAACACAGUCUUUGCAUACCUUUCACAUACAGCCUAUACUGCAUUAUAUGCUUUUUCACAGAUAAUACAGUCUUAUAGUGGUUCCGUGGUAACAUGGCCAUUUGUGUAAUUGCGACAAAUAACAGUAGAGAUUUAAAGACAGAACACAGGUUCUCUUUUUCCAUCUCAUGUCUGUUGAGCUGUAUUGCUCUAAUAAGCAUGCCACCUUAUGGGUUUCACGUGAAUGACUUGGACUCUUGAGUUUUGCCUUCUGUUAUGGUCGAGCACAUACCAGUAUCUGUACAUGUGUACAGUAAGUGAUACGUAAUUGCAUAAUGUAUAAAUGCACCUAAGCCUUUGCAGUACAUGGAUAACCCAGAGGUUGAGAAUUCAACAUGAAGUGAUCUCACUUGUAUGAUACAGGUUACCUAGCACCAGCCUGAUAAUUCUUUUCCGUUUGCUUUGCCAGUUCUAUUUGCAGAAAUUCAUUGUUAACCACAGCAAACUAUUUUAGAACAAAAGAAAAAAAUUGCAGGGAACAGUUACACCGAAGUAGAAUGAGCAGUAUCUCAUGCUGUGUCUUCUGCUUUACUCCUUAGCAGUUCUGUUUUUUCUAAAUCUUGUAAUCCACUGAAUACUUGAGUCACAAUCCACAGUUCCUAUUAUUUACAUGAAAAUGAUCCAAAUGUAUCAUGACUACAAAAAUACUCUCUGAAAUUCAGAUACCCCAACAACUGGAUGGAACAUUUUUCCUUUGUAGGUUAAGUAUAUUUGCUGUUAUUCUCCCUCUUUGAAUGCUGAUCUUCUAAGUGUUGCAAAAAAUAUUUCUUAUCACACUGUGUCUGUGUUAUGGAAAGCUAUUAGUUCAUCCUUUAUUCGUUGACAGGAAAGAUAACUUCACUAGUUCUGUUUACUUAGCAUUCAAAAUAUUUUCCAGUAUCACAUAAUAUUUUUUGCUUUGAAGCUUGUAAGUACUGAUACAAAACAUGUUUCCCUAACAAAUUUGUAAAAUUGGCAAUAAGUUGUUCUAAUAAUGUCUCAAGUCAGUCAGGUAUUGUUUCCAAUGUAGAACUAUCCAAACCACAUAAAAUGUAUGUCUGCUAUAGAAUAACGUCCAUUAGAGUUAAAAAGUUUGGCUCCAGCGGUGGUGGUUUGGUUUGCUGGUUUGCUGGUGUGCAAAAGGAGAAAGGCUGUGACAAAACGUUAUUCUUUAUUAGCACCUAGACCAACAAAAAUAGCAAAAAAUAGUCUUUUCUAAGCAAAUAUAUUCUGCUUUAGCAUUUACAAAGUGCAAAUUCAGAUGUGUAAUUUUUUUUGCGGAAACAAGGUUAUACCCGCACUUCCAGAGCCAAAACCACUAAAAAUUUAAACUUUGAAGCUGCAUUUGAAUUUCGUGGCCCAAGAACACGUUGAGGUUCAAUUGUUCAAAAUUCUAGAGUUGGACUCACAAGGAGAGCAGUAAGACAUCUAGGUCUGUAAGACAUCUGGCUCAUGAAGUUAAACUGCCAGAAGCCAUUUUUCUUUGAAUUUUUAUCCUGCUAAAACUGAUCUUGCCCAAGAUCAGUAAGAACGUAUAAAAAACCCUAACAGAUCUCUCCUUUCCUAGAAGUGUUAGCCUUUAUACUCCCAGAACUGCAUUAUUUUUGUUAAUAAUUCCAGUUGCUUUUCCCUUCUAAGACUGGUAAAGGUAAAAAAAUUGUUUGAAGCCGUAUCUGAGUAUUUCUAGUGUAUUAUGAAAUGGUACCUGAAAGAUACGCACUAAGUGAGGAAAAAAGUUGACGUAACAUGAUACUCAUCUGAGACAUUGCAUAUUUUAUUAACAGCACUGACAGAAACUCCACUGUUAUAAUUAAUGUAUGAAUUUUGUGCAGUGGUACAACAUUCUGCUGUAAUGGUUCAACUCAUGGCAGUGUUUUUUUUGUAAAUGGCCAUUUAGUUAUUACAUUAGAGAAAUGCAAUACGUUUUUUUAGUUGGCGUAUAUGGUGAAACAUUUACACUGGAGGGGACAUGCAGCGUGGAAUUCAUCUUUUAAUGUGGCACAGGCUUCUCUCAUGUGUUUAAACUUAGAACAGUGUGAUCAGUUUGCUGUGACUGCAUUUAGAGCAUUUAUUGUUAAAAUUCUAGGGGUAGGAAAUAGAACUAUUCGUGUUAAAAAGUAGAGAUAGAUGCUCAAAACGAUUAUGACCCUCUUGAAAUAAUGCAUUUGCCUCAAACACUGUGAUAUAGGAACAGUUCUGUGAAGUGGAAUCAUUAAUUUGUUCAUUCUAGACACCGAAAAGGCUUUCUGCACAGCACUACAAGGAAGUUCAUGUUCAAACUUUAGGUUAUAUAUCCCAGUCUAGCAAAGGCAUGCCAUAACUCUUAUUUUGCUUUCUGACCAAAAACUGUGCUCGAUUGUAAUACGGGUGUAUACUCUGACAAGAAACCUAAAAUAACGGACUGCUUUCUAGGGUAGAUCAAACUGAUUUGUAGAGUAGAUUCAUAUAUAUUCAAAAUUCAGGUUGGGCUGUUAUGUGAAGAAGAAAGAACUUCAAGGUAACAACAUUCAACUUUACUACAUUUAGUGAGCUGAAAAUUUUGUUUUAUAUAUAUAUAUAUUUACACACACACAUAUAUAUAUAUAUGAUACAUAUAAACUAUCUUUGUAAAAAAAACAAAAAAUAUGCAAGUGCAAUAAUUUAAAGAGGUCUUAACUUUGCAUUUAUAAAUUAUAAAUACUGUACAUGGUGUGUAAUUUUUUUCAUGUAUUCAUUUGCAGUCUUUGUAUUUAAAAAACAAACCUAAACCUUUAUUAUUACGUUUGUACAAUAGAACAGUAAGCAUUUAUUAUGAUAUAGUUAAGUUGUAAAUAAAUUCACAAACCAAACAGCCAGUACAUAUGCAUAUAUGGGUGUCCUAUUGUGAAACCUGUUUUUGCUUUUACUGCUGGCUUUAGCACAGCAAGACUACUUCUGUGGAUAUGUAAUUAUACAUAUAAAUAUAUGUAUGAUACAUAAAAUAUAUUUAGAAAUGUUCAUAAUUUUAAUGGAUAUAUCUAUACAUAUACUUUGGUGUGAAUAUUACUGAAUACAGAGUUUUUUAAUAUUA